AUGGGAAGAAGGAGAACAGAGAGUGGACAUGAGGGGAAGGCGUUGGAAGAAGAGAACAUCAGAAUGGGAAGAAGGAGAACAGAGAGUGGACAUGAGGGGAAGGAGUUGAAAGAAGAGAACAUCAGGAUGGGAAGAAGGAGAACAGAGAGUGGACAUGAGGGGAAGGAGUUGGAAGAAGAGAACAUCAGAAUGGGAAGAAGGAGAUCAGAGAGUGUACAUGAGGGGAAGGAGUUGGAAGAAGAGAACAUCAGGAUGGGAAGAAGGAGAUCAGAGAGUCGACAUGAGAGGAAGGCGUUGGAAGAAGAGAACAUCAGGAUGGUAAGAAGGAGAACAGAGAGUGGACAUGAGGGGAAGGAGUUGAAAGAAGAGAACAUCAGAAUGGGAAGAAGGAGAUCAGAGAGUGGACAUGAGGGGAAGGGGAUGGAAGAAGAGAACAUCAGGAUGGGAAGAAGGAGAACAGAGAGUGGACAUGAGGGGAAGGGGAUGGAAGAAGAGAACAUCAGGAUGGGAAGAAGGAGAACAGAGAGUGGACAUGAGGGGAAGGAGUUGGAAGAAGAGAACAUCAGAAUGGGAAGAAGGAGAACAGAGAGUGGACAUGAGGGGAAGGAGUUGAAAGAAGAGAACAUCAGGAUGGGAAGAAGGAGAACAGAGAGUGGACAUGAGGGGAAGGGGAUGGAAGAAGAGAACAUCAGAAUGGGAAGAAGGAGAUCAGAGAGUGUACAUGAGGGGAAGGAGUUGGAAGAAGAGAACAUCAGGAUGGGAAGAAGGAGAUCAGAGAGUCGACAUGAGAGGAAGGCGUUGGAAGAAGAGAACAUCAGGAUGGUAAGAAGGAGAACAGAGAGUGGACAUGAGGGGAAGGAGUUGAAAGAAGAGAACAUCAGAAUGGGAAGAAGGAGAUCAGAGAGUGGACAUGAGGGGAAGGGGAUGGAAGAAGAGAACAUCAGGAUGGGAAGAAGGAGAACAGAGAGUGGACAUGAGGGGAAGGGGAUGGAAGAAGAGAACAUCAGGAUGGGAAGAAGGAGAUCAGAGAGUGGACAUGAGGGAAAGGCAUGGAAGAAGAAACACGGGAUGGGAAGAAGGAAAUCAGAGAGUGGACAUGAGGGCAAGGAGUUGGAAGAAGAGAACAUCAGAAUGGGAAGAAGGAGAACAGAGAGUGGACAUGAGGGGAAGGAGAUGGAAGAAGAGAACAACAGAAUGGGAAGAAGGAGAUCAGAGAGUGGACAUGAGGGGAAGGAGUUGGAAGAAGAGAACAUCAGGAUGGAAAGAAGGAGAACAGAGAGUGGACAUGAGGGGAAGGAGAUGGAAGAAGAGAACAUCAGAAUGGGAAGAAGGAGAUCAGAGAGUGGACAUGAGGGGAAGGAGUUGGAAGAAGAGAACAUCAGAAUGGGAAGAAGGAGAACAGAGAGUGGACAUGAGGGGAAGGAGAUGGAAGAAAAGAACAUCAGAAUGGGAAGAAGGAGAACAGAGAGUGGACAUGAGGGGAAGGAGAUGGAAGAAGAGAACAUCAGAAUGGGAAGAAGGAGAUCAGAGAGUGGACAUGAGGGGAAGGAGUUGGAAGAAGAGAACAUCAGGAUGGGAAGAAGGAGAUCAGAGAGUGGACAUGAGGGGAAGGAGUUGGAAGAAGAGAACAUCAGGAUGGGAAGAAGGAGAUCAGAGAGUGGACAUGAGGGGAAGGAGUUGGAAGAAGAGAACAUCAGAAUGGGAAGAAGGAGAACAGAGAGUGGACAUGAGGGGAAGGAGUUGGAAGAAGAGAACAUCAGGAUGGGAAGAAGGAGAUCAGAGAGUGGACAUAAGGGGAAGGCGUUGGAAGAAGAGACACAGGGAUGGAAAGAAGGAGAUCAGAGAGUGGACAUGAGGGGAAGGCAUUGGAAGAAGAGACACAGGGAUGGGGAGAAGUAG